UCUUUAGAGCUCGUGGUUUAAAUACGUAUCAAUUUCGUCCACAUUGUGGUGAAGCCGGUGCUGUUACACAUCUUGCUACAGCCUAUAUGGUUGCAGAAAACAUUUCACAUGGUUUACUUCUACGCAAAUCUCCUGUAUUGCAAUAUUUAUUUUAUUUAUGUCAGAUUGGUAUUGCUAUGUCGCCAUUAAGUAAUAAUUCCUUAUUUAUUAAUUAUAAUCGUAAUCCAAUGUUGGAAUAUUUUGAACGUGGUCUAUGUGUAUCGUUAUCAACAGAUGAUCCAAUGCAAUUCCAUUUUACUAAGGAACCUUUAAUGGAAGAAUAUUCAAUUGCUGCACAAGUCUGGAAAUUAUCAUCAGUUGAUAUGUGUGAAUUAGCUCGAAAUUCUAUUUUAAUGAGUGGUUUUUCUCAUGAAGUUAAAAUGUAUUGGCUUGGACCAGAUUAUCAAGAAUCAGGUGUAGCUGGUAAUGAUAUUCGUCGAACUAAUGUUCCAGCUAUUCGUAUUGCAUAUCGUUAUGAAGCAUUAUGUGAAGAACUUCGAUUACUUGGUAAUGCUUAUAAAAGUCGGCAAGAGCGUGAAGAAAAAGAUCGACGUUUACGGCAAAUGCAAGCAAAAGCACCACCAAUAACAAAUCUUGAACGUGCUGUUUUAAAUAAUGGUAAAUAUGAACCGACAUCUAGUCUACAAAAUAAUAUGUCAUCAACAAUAAGUGGCAAUAAUUCCAAUAAUGGCUUCAAUGAAAUAAACAAUUCAAAUCAAGAUGUCUCAAUGUUCUAA